GAAAUCCGCUUCCUUUCCCCCCUCGCCCAGCCUUCAUAUUUGCUUUUAGUGUGUCGCUGUCAUCGCUGCCAGAACGUUGGCGGGAGGGGGGGUAUUUAUGCUCGCUGGGGGGGCUUAUGAGCAGGAAACAAAAUGCAGCCUUUCUGUUGUUGCAAUGGGGAAUUGACCAGCUGAGAGGAAGAGGAGACGGCGCGGCGGCGGCUCCCGUGGCUACGAGCUGAGCGAAGCUCCCCGGAAUCGACGCGUCUCUGUCGCCUCUUUUUGCCUCUUGCUGCUACCCAAACCUGCGGCCCCCUCAAACUUUCAACCUGCCUUGGCGGACCCCAGAUUGACAUAAAUGGUGGAAGCGAUAGUGGAGUUUGACUACAAGGCUCAGCAUGAUGACGAGCUGACAAUCACAGUUGGUGACAUAAUCACCAAUAUCAGAAAAGAAAAUGGAGGCUGGUGGGAAGGGCAGCUCAAAGGCAGAAGAGGUUUGUUCCCUGACAACUUUGUAAGAGAAAUUAAAAAAGAUGUGAAAAAAGAAAGUCUUGUCAGCAAAGCAUCAGAAAAAUCUAUACAUGAAGUUUCCAAUGGAAGCCCUUUACUAUUGUCUGAGACAAUUAUUAGAACAUCCAAAAAAGGGAGUCGAAAUAGGCGGAGAAGAUGUCAAGUGGCUUUCAGUUACAUGCCUCAGAAUGAAGAUGAGCUGGAGUUAAAAGUUGGAGACAUCAUUGAGGUAGUAGGAGAAGUGGAAGAGGGCUGGUGGGAAGGAGUUCUCAAUGGAAAGACUGGCAUGUUUCCUUCCAACUUCAUAAAGGAACUCUCAGAAUCUGAUGAUGCUGGAACUGUGCAAGAGGAGCAACUAGUAAAACCAAGAAAAUCUGCCUUUGAAGGUUCAGUUCUGUAUAAAGUGGCACCAGCCAAGAUUGACAGCUACAGACGCUAUAACAGCUUAAGAGAUGCUGCAGGCUCUGAAAGUGACGGAGGUGACUCGAGCAGCACGAAAUCAGAGGGUGCCAAUGGCUCAGCUACAAUCCAACCCAAAAAGGUCAAGGGGAUUGGUUUUGGUGACAUUUUCAAGGACAAACCUAUAAAACUACGACCAAGAUCAAUUGAAGUGGACAAUGACUUUCUGCCUGUUGAAAAGACGGUUGGAAAAAGAAUAGCUACAACUACAAUUCAGGAGUCGACGAAAAUAGAGUUGGACAGCAGAACAAAGAUAAAGGAGUAUUGCAAAGUAAUAUUUCCAUAUGAAGCACAGAAUGAAGAUGAACUGACAAUCAAAGAAGGUGAUAUUGUCAUUCUUGUCAAUAAGGAAUGCAUCGAUGCUGGCUGGUGGGAAGGAGAACUCAAUGGCAAACGAGGAGUCUUUCCUGAUAACUUUGUUAAGCUUCUUCAUUCUGAUUUUGAAAAAGAGCGACCUAAGAAACCACCACCUCCGUCAGCUCCUGCCAUCAAACAAGGAUUAGCUACUACAGAUAGAAAACAUGAAAUCAAGAAAGUACCUCCUGAAAGACCAGAAUGUCUUCCUUAUCGAACAGAAGAAAAAGAAAGACCAGAGAGAGAUCAAAAACUGUUAGAUUUUACAAGGUGAAGCCUCUCUUGUUCCUCUGCAAUAAUUACUAAAUCAACAAGAAACCCUCGGCCCAUCUGCUCCAACAAAAAAAAAUGUAAAACUCUUUUGAACAGGGCCUUGGUAACGUUGCCUCCAAGAAGACCAGAAAGACCAAUUGUGCCUGUGACCCAUGCAAGGAGUGAUAUUCCAAAAGUAGACAUAGUGGGUUGUACACUAUCCAGCACCUUAGAGAAAGACGCCACAGAAAGAAGCAAUGACAUCGAUCUGGAAGGGUUUGAUUCUGUAGUACCCACGGCUGAAAAGCUAAGCCACCCAACAACUACCAGACCAAAAGCUACUGGCAGAAGACCACCAUCUCAAUCAUUUACAUCUUCUUCACUUUCAAGUCCUGACUUUUUUGAUUCACCAAGUCCUGAAGAUGAGAAAGAGGAGCACAUCUCCCUUCCACAUAAAGUAGCUGAACCACUGAAGAAAGCAAAGACUGUUACAAUAUCACUAGUAUCUGAUAACAAAGCUUCACUGCCUGCCAAGCCAGGGAGCUUGAUAAGUGGAAGCAAUGUUCCAUCAUUAUUAUCUUCAUCUUCAUCAGCAUUUCACUCAGUUUCAGUAGGAACAGCAGGUCAUCGAUCAAAUUCCCCAUCCUUGUUCAGUACUGAAGGAAAGCCAAAGACUGAUCAGUCUAGCCAAAGUGAAUCAGCUUUGGAAGAGCUGAGAACACAAGUCAAGGAGCUACGAACUAUCAUUGAAACAAUGAAAGAUCAGCAAAAAAAAGAAAUUAAACAGUUGCUGUCUGAAUUAGAUGAAGAAAAGAAGAUCCGGCUACGAUUACAGAUGGAGGUUAAUGAUAUAAAGAAAGCUCUUCAAUCAAAGUGAAUACCUGAUUGGUGGAAUGUUGAGUUAUUCAUCAGGACGCAGACUUGGAUUUAUGCCCCAGAUAAAAUGACUUUGUGCCAAAUGAUUUGUGAUCUGCCUCUAACAUCCCUUUGUUUGAACAACUAGCACAAGAGUUUUGAUAGCACAACACAAGUUCCAGUGAUGAGGGGAAAUUCCAUGCGAUACAGCUGGUUGGUUAUGGCACUGGUUUUUGAUUGAAGUUAUUCUUACUGUGCUAAAAUCUACUUUGCAUUCACAAACUGAAAACUCAGGCAGUUUAGUUCAUAGUGGUACUAUUUUAAUGAUAUUUUCCAUAAGUAAUAUGUACUUCAGGUUUAUCAGUUUACAAGUUUUAUGAUUUUUGACUUUUUAAAUUGUCUUUUGUCACAAAUUCUUAAAAUGUUUGUACUGCAUAUAUCUAGAAAUGAAUGUUGACACUGGGGUAAGGGGCGUUUUGUUUGUUUUGUGUGUGCUCUUGUCUCUCUUUCUUUGCUUUACAUACAGCAACCUAAUUUUGAGUUGUUAUUUUAAAUACUAUUACAUAUGCAAUCUUAUGUCCAAAAAUUAUCUACAAAUUGAAUCUUAAGUUUGUGUACAAAAUAGUGUAUUUAAAAAGGAUAAAAAAAUUAAGAGAUAUCUGGUCUUAAUGAUUUGUGCCUUCUUUUGCCAAACACUGAUCGAAGCUGGUUGUAGGCCAGAUCGUAGUAAUGUAGCUAUCACAAUGAGGCCUGACAGUCCACUAGAGGUCACUCUUUCAAUAUAUUAGCUGUUUGUUCAGAGAGACAGAUGCUCUUUGCUAAAAUGGUGUAAUGGCUACAUCAGGUUGAAGGAGCUUUAUUUCCACAGCUAUAGCUUUUUUAUUCAACUGAUUCACCUCUGCUUGAUUUCAUUCAAACACCUAAAUACCUGCUUUCAUCUUCAUCUUUGCACAUCCUGGGUGAACGGAAUAUGCGUAAUCUAAGAGUAAAAAAGAAUAAAAUAUGAAUCAACAAGAGAGUGUUGUAUUAUUUCACACACAGAAUGUUGUGCAAUAUUAACUUGAUGUUUAAUGUCAGUUGCCACAUGAUACUGUGAGCUUGCUGAUGAUUGGAAAUGGGUGAUUUUGUUCUAAUAGCAUCCUUGCAGCUGGGGUUAAUUUCCUUAGAAUUACAGGAAAUAGAUGCUUACUUUUGGUAUUUGUAGGUAGAGAGGUUUUCAUAUUUUGUUGUAUAUGAGAAAGAUUGUGUUUAUAUGAAAAUAUGAAAGUUCAUGACAAAAACUGUAGUUGGGUUUCCUAUAGAUUUAAUUAAGUCUGCUAGGACAGUAUAUGUGAUACUGAACCAUCCAUUUUCUGCUGGGGAAUGUUAACAAUACAGUGGUAUUUUUGCACAGCUCUACAGUCUGAGCUAUUACGUUUACAUUAAAUAUCAUGCAGUGGAUCUUUAGUUCUAUUUCCAGUUGGUUGAAAGAGUUGUAACUUGAUAAUAAUAACAUAAUUUAAAAAUACUUGCAUAAAAGAAGAAACAGCAAGUACUUGAAAUGUAGUUUUCAAUCAGAAUCUUGGUGUACAUUUCUCACGUUAACAUAAAUUUCUACUUAAACAUUUGUCACUAUGAUGCCUCUAAGACUUUAAAUAAACAUCACUUUUUAGCAUGAAAGGUACUUGAUGAAAUUCACUUGUUGAUCUUUACAACAUCUGUAUGAGGUAGAUAGAUCAGUAUUAUUUUAUAUCUUACAAAAAACCUCUAAUGCCCAUCACUAAACCUUACAAAUUCCUAGGACAGUAUUACCAUAUAUGAUGAUCUGGUUAUGCAAUAACAUGAUGAUGAUAUCACAGGGAAACAUGAUGGUUCAAGCAUUUAGGAUUGGAGCACAAAUUGAGCCUGUGGAUGUAUAUCCAAGCCAAAGCUCUUUGGGUUUUGGCAUAUGACCUUGACUGAUCUAAACUAGCAUGUUACUUUGAGUAGGUCACUGAAUAUAAAUUAUUGUGACGAGAAAUUGUAUGAAUGGCAGGGGUUACCUGCUGUUACCAUUCCAAACUGUAGACAUCUUCCAAAAAAGAGAAUAUGUAAAGUUGUCAAGAAAGAAAGCAUUUUCAAGCCACUUUCAGAAGACUCCCUUAUAUGUUACAGGGCAGCAUAGCUCAAGUGACAUUUACAGGGAGAAACUACAUGUCAGGUAAAUGUAUAUGGUUUCUUUCCAUGCCAGCACCACUCUUUUCUGGGAGACAUGGUUGCAGGUGUGGGAAUCAAGUCAUCAUCUGUUCUGGUUUCUGUAUAUAGAGCAGAUCUAGCUGUUUGGAAAUGAUUCCUGUGACACAAUUGCAGUGUGUUAAUUAAGCAUGGAUCUGUGGUUGAAAUAGAUUUUGGACCAGUGUUUCUUACUGGAUCUUUCUAAUUCUCUUACAGUUUUCUAGCAAUAAAGGUUUAUAGUUACUAACUUUAAAAUCUGGAAAAUUCAACAAGUGGAUAGGAUGUAUUUGGACUUGGAAUUGCAGGACAGCAAUUGUGGAUUUCUGAUUUCAUGCACUGGAAGAACUGUGAAUGAGUAUAGUAUGAAUUCAUAAACAAGGCCUUGAAAUGUAACACUUGGUUCUAAAAUGCUAUUUAAAAAAACCGAUUAGCAUUGAUUGACCUGAAAUCAGGGUCUCCAAUCUUUUCCCUAUUAUUAAGAUGGUAAAUUGUCAUUUUAUAAAACUUGUAUUGAGGAGUCCAACGUAUUGUGAUUUGUAAUAUAAGAUUAAAAGAGAUUUUGUGAAAAUA